AUGCACUGGGAUUUAUUAUAUUUGGAAUUUUGUGAUGGUGGAUCUAUAUAUCUUUACUUUAUUUCAGUCUUUGUUUUUCUUGUGAUCUAUCUGAUAUUGUUUCCGUUUUACAUGUAUGUGUUCAACUAUAACCGCAAACAGGAUGAAAAGACAUUCAUGUUCCCAAUUAUCGAUCACAUUUUCAAAAUGAAUAAAGUGGCUUACAUACUAAUUGUGUGCCUAAUUAUAUGUAUAAUCAAAACGUGUGUGUAUUUUUCCACACUUCCUUCCAACUUCCAACUGGAUGCUGAUGAAGAGAUGGUAGACACACCCCAACUUUUCACUAAUUUGGCCAUCGUCGCAUCAUUAUUAACGCUUUUUUUGAUGAAUCAGUUGUUUCACUGUUUUACAUUUCUAAUGGCUGUCGAAAGAUUUACUAUUUAUUUCUUUCCGUCGAGUGAGAAAAUAGUGUUAAAAUUUCAAACAUACGUCACGAAACACAUAAAAUUUGCGUAUUGUCUCUUGAUCGUGAAAGAUAUACUUGCUCUGAUAUAUGCGCUCUGGAAGCAUGUAAAUUUGAAAGGCGGCAUUGAUGUGUACUUUAUAUAUUUUGCAUUUUAUUACACCAUCUUUUUUUUGCCAGUUCUCGCCAGUUUUCUAUACAUUCCAAUAAUGAUAAGUAUACAAAAGCGUGCUCACUUGCCCUCUUUUCAAGAAAAUGAACCACAAAAGUUUAUUUUUUGGCAAACGAUUGCUGCAACUGUUGUAAAAAUUAUUCCUUUAUAUUUGCUUAUAACUUUGGAUGAGGUAGAACUGAAGUUUUUUAUAAUUGUCUGUAUUAUAUUCGACUUGUUUAUAACACCUCUAUUGAUUCAAGUGUCUUAUUUGGGAUGUAACAAGAGAAACGUGAACGCUUUGAUUUCAUCAUUCAAAUUUAAAAAGUUUGUGCAAGUUUUAUGCGGUUCUGAUAGUGAGAGUCCUACUGUACAUCCACAAGUAUAUUCGAUUUCCCAAACACAACUUUAA